AUGACGUGCUACAGGCUCGCGGCGGAGCGCGAUAACCCUAUAGCGUGCGCGACGCACCUGGUGAAGCCGGCGGUGGCGAUGUUCCUCGCGGGCGGCGUCGCCGGUGCGCUGGCGAAGACGUGCACGGCGCCGCUGGAUCGGCUGAAGAUCAUCAUGCAGACGUCGGGGGCGUCGAGGGCGAGCGCGGCGAGCGUGGCGGCGGCGGACAAGGGGUUGUUGGCGGCGUUCGUGGCGAUCGGAAAGACGGAGGGCGUGGCGGGAUAUUGGCGAGGAAACGUGCCGCAAGUGGUGCGAAUUUUGCCGUAUUCGAGCGCGAUGCUGUACUCGUACGAAGCGUACAAGAAAAAGUUGACGAAUAAGGAAACCGGGGAGUUGGCGGUGCCGGCGCGUUUGCUCGCGGGCGCGGGCGCGGCGUGCACGGCGACCAUCGUGACGUACCCUCUCGAUAUCAUUCGCCUUCGAUUGAGCGUGGACACGAGUGCGAAGAGCAUGGGCGACGUCGCCCGCACCAUCUUGGCCAACGAAGGGCCGCUCGGGUUCUUCAAGGGUUUGCGAGCGACGUGCAUUUCCAUCGCGCCGUACAGCGCGCUCAACUUUUGCGCGUUUGAUUUAUUCAAAAAGGCGCUCCCGGAAGAAAUUCGCAACGAAGCGCAAGGGAUCGCCACGGCAUCGCUUAUGGCGACCGCGUUGGCCACGGGUUCGAUGUAUCCGCUGGAUACUAUUCGUCGUCAAAUGCAGCUUCAAGGGAGCACGUACGCGAACAUGCUCGACGCCGGUCGCGGCAUCGUCGCCGCCAACGGCGUCGGUGGUCUCUUCCGCGGUUUCAUCCCGAACGCGAUGAAAAACAUGCCGAACAAGUCCAUCCAGCUCACCACGUUCGACGUCCUGAAGAAGGGCAUCAGGCGUUCAGAGGUGGAGUACGCCAAAGAGGUCGCUAUUUUAGCCGCCGAAAACAAAAAAAUCAAGUGA